UAAAUUAUCUUCUGUAAUUUUGACUCUAAGAUAUAUGUUUCUCUAGGGGGCAAAAGAUGAAUUCACACUUGAUCUUGUGGAACAAUGUUCUUUCCAAAAGCAAAAAAUUAUGCAUCUUGUGAUGACUUCUCGGGAUGAGAAGGCAGUUUUUCGGGCUAUUGAGUUAAAUGAGCAGCUCCAGAAGGUUCUUGCAAGACAUGAAUUCCUACCUUCUUGUAAGCCUACACCAACUGUUAACCAUCUUAACCAAGAGGAGGCUGAGGAGGAAGAGGAGGCUGAGCAGCUUGUCCGAAGGCUACGGAAAGGAAAAGCUUGUGUAAGCCCUGAGGAUGAAGAGCAAUCAGCCGAGCACCCCCACUUGGGCUUGCUUGGAUCAACCCAGCCAGCAGAACGGCCGAACCGUCCACUUAUACGACCACUUUCGUUAGAGCCAUUGCAUGAAUCAAAUGGGCAUCUUCCGCCUGCAAAUGGGCAUCUUCCACCUGCAAAUGGGCAUCUUCCACCCCCACCUGCAAAUUGGCUGGCCAUGUGA